GAGAACAGAGAGGGAGAGAGGAGGAGGGAGGACAGAAGAGAGAGAAGAGAAAGAGUGGAGAGAGGAGGAAGAGGUCCCAAAGUCCAGGACCCCGUCCACCUAUAUGGGUUGCGUCCUGAGCUCGGACGGGUGCGGGGGGGAAGAGGUGCAACCGCUGCCGGUGGUCAGAGACUCCACCCUGAAGAGAAGGAGCCUGGAGAGGAGUGAGAGUGGCAGGAUGAGGCUGACAAAGGCGGGGAAGGGAGAGCCCCACCUCUUCAAGGAGAAGACCUUCAAGAAGAAGCGGCAGUGCAGCGUGUGUCGGCAGAACGUGGAUCACGUGGGCUCCUUCUGCAGAGUAUGCAAGACAGCCACCCACAGGAAGUGCGAGGGCAAGGUGACCUCUGCAUGCAUCCCAGUGCCUCCCAAUGAUCUGCAGCGUAGAGGGACUGCGCCUCCUCGACACACCCACCACCUGGGUUCCACCAAGUCUCUGACCUAUACCAAACAGAGGAACACCCUGCCAAGGAGCUUCAGUGUGGACCGCGUGAUGGAGAGAGUGAUGGAGCGCCACUACGACUUUGACCUGACCUACAUCACCGAGAGGAUCAUCUCCGUCUUCUUCCCCCCAAACCUGGAGGAGCAGCGAUACCGGCUGAACCUGAAGGAGGUGGCUGCCAUGCUCAAGUCCAAACAUCAAGACAAAUUCCUGCUCCUGAAUCUCUCCGAGAGGCGCCACGAUAUCACCAAAAUAAAUCCAAAGGUUCAUGACUUUGGCUGGCCUGACCUCCACGCCCCACCGCUGGAUAAGAUCUGUGCCAUAUGCAAGGCCAUGGAGACGUGGCUGACCUCUGACCCCCAGCACGUGGUGGUCCUGCACUGCAAGGGCAACAAAGGGAAAACAGGCGUGAUCAUUGCAGCCUACAUGCACUACAGCAAGAUCUCUGCAGGGGCGGACCAGGCUCUCAGUACUCUCGCCAUGAGGAAGUUCUGCGAAGAUAAGGUGUCCUCUUCCCUGCAGCCGUCCCAAAACAGGUAUAUCUAUUACUUUGGGGGCCUUCUGUCCGGGGCGAUCAAGAUGAACAGCAGCCCUCUCUUCCUCCACCAAGUUCUCAUCCCAUCACUCCCCAACUUCCAGGGUGAAGGAGGUUACUUCCCCUUCAUGAAGAUCUACCAGGCCAUGCAGUUGGUCUACACUUCAGGGAUAUAUGACCUUCAAGGCACCGGAGGCAGGCGGCUGUGUGUGACCAUCGAACCAGCACUUCUGCUGAAGGGUGACAUCAUGGUCAAAUGCUACCACAGGCGAGCCCAGAGCGCGGACAGAGACACGGUGUUCAGGCUGCAGUUCCACACCUGCACCAUCCACGGAUCCCAGCUGUGGUUUGGCAAAGGGGAGCUGGACGGCGCUUGUGUCGAUGAGCGUUUCCCAUCAGAUGCAACAGUCGAGUUUGUCUUCUCCUCUGGACCUGAGAGGAUCAAAGGACGUGAGUACCAGAAGAACGACCCGACUGUCACAGUCGACUACCACACUGCUGACCCGGUAGUUCGCUGGGAUUCCUAUGAGAACUUUAACCAGCGAUACCAGGACAGUCUGGAGGAUAUUGCCCACACCAGAGGUCCUGUAGAUGGCAGUCUCUACGCUCAGAUAAAGAAACAUCGAGGGCCAAGCUCUGGUUCUCUCACCUCGACCAAUGGCAGCAGCCCAGGAGCGGGUCAUCCUGACGAUAGACCUGAUCAUCUCAUCAGUCAAGGUUCCGACCCCGCCCUCUCAGGCCAUUCCAUCCAUUUGAACCAACCGUCUAUCCACCCUGACUGCCAGGAGGAGCCUGUUCGUCCGCCACCUCCGACCAGACAAGAGCGAGAGGACCUGGCACGUCUUCUUGGAGGCAUAGAGGGAAACCGGGAUGGGGAGCGAGAGACUGCCAUCUUGGAUGAUGGAGAUUGCCUGCCCUCUGAACGAACUGGGACGCUGGGACUCAGUCGGUCGUGUUCCUGCCGAGAUGGGUACCGGUCCCAGCGCUGUGCUGAGCCUGGUUGUGACCGUACUCUUCUCAUGCCCAACGGUUACUGCCUCGAUCGUGCUCCUGGCACCAACGGGCACCACGGGGCGACCCCUUCUGCCAGCCCGAACCCAGCUGCUCCUCCGUCACACAUGGAUCUGUGCCAGCACUACAGCCCCCACUCCCACCAGUCCCUCCCCCCUCCAGAUUUGGUGUGGGACCGGCAGAGCAGCCCUCACUACCUGCUUCGGUCCUGCUCAGAGGCCCCUUCAUCCAGACAUGUCUGCCCAUACCCAUCACCAGACCUUACCCCCCACCCUCACAACCCCCCACUUCACCACCCUCUGUCUGCCCCGGGUCACCUUUGCUGUCGAGAAGACGACUACGGUCCCUACCAUCACCCUCCCCCACCUCACAGCCACCACCAUGCACACCUCCCCAAAUCCUCCACCAGCCCUACCUACCAUGAUAUCAUGCUGUUGGAUGGUCUUCCACCCCCUGGCUGCCCAUGCAGAGACUGCGCUAUCAGGCGAGAAGACUAUCACAACCUCAGGCUGGACAGAGGGGACAGCUUCCACUGGGACAGAGAGGCAGAGCUUCAGCACAGAGAGGUGGGGCUGAGGAGAGCCAGGGAGACAGAGUUACCCAGAGGGUCAGAGCUCCACUGGGAGAGGGAUACUGGACCCAGACGAGGCAGAGAGCUGUCCCUCCACUGGGAGCGAGACAGGGAGGCUGAGCUGCAGUGGGAGAGGGACAGAGAGGCUGAAUAUUGGCAUAGGAGAGCCACUGUAGCCUCCUAUGGCCCACAGGGUCACGAUCUGCCGGCCUUCACAUUUGACCCUUUGCCAUCGGGUCACCCUGCGUAUCCAGAGGCGUCGAGGUCUCACGCUCAUUCUCACCUGGAUAUGAAGUACAGCAGCAGCAGCAGUGGUUACCAAACACCCCGGCAGGUGUGCCCCUGCUCGCCUUACCAGCCCUCACCAUCUGAAAGCAGGGGCUAUGCCUCGGGAUACCAGUCUGAGUCCACAUCCCCGCUGCCUCCAGCUUCCUCCAUGACAGGGCCCUGCAGCCAUAGCAACGGGCCAGCAGAGCAUAACCACAACCAUCACCAUCAAGACUCACAGCAGUCAUACAGCUCUGACUCACACACUGAUGGUCUUCGGAGCUCUGGUGAGAGUGUGGGCUGGAGGGACCACAUUACCCACGGGUCCUUUAGAAGGAACCAGAGAGAAGGCCACAGAGAAGUUCACGCUGCCUGCUCUACGCCAUCUGACAUGUCCGGACCGCCCACUCCCGUCCAUACCAGCAGCCCUCUGCGCACAGUGGAAAGCCCUAGUCCAGGAGGGAGGGAGUAUGAGAUCCGGACCACAGACAUCAUCAGCAGUGACUACGAGGCUUCUCAGCCCCCGGUCAGACGCUACGGAGCUGAUAAUGUCGUUCAGGAAUCCCUGGAAAGCCAAAUAAGUAGCGCAGAGCCGUCAUCUACUAAAGACACGCAGUCACACAAAAACACACCCACACACACAGACCCCCACAACCACUGCACAGCACAAAUAAACCCACCCCCUAUGACCCCCCACCAGCAGCACUGUAGUCCAGAUGUGCCUUCAGCUUCCUCCUUUGACUCUGUGACACCAUCCACAUCCAACCAGGGACACUGUCAGACUCCGUCAUCCCCUGUUCAUGCUUCACCUGCACAAGACCCACACCCCCAACCCGGCCCACUCCAGCUGCAGACCGUUCACCCUUCAGAAGCUGCUGCUCUUCCCUCCACUCUGGCACAAGCGGUGUCUCAGCCUCAGAGCCAGACCCAAGCCAAUGGCUCUGCCGGACCAACCCCACCCGCGGUCAAUGGAUCAUCUCCAGCCAGAGAAUCUCACCCAGACGCCCCAAAAUCGACCAACACUCACCAAUCCUCAUCCCCCCAGCCUGCAUCCAGCAGCAUGGAAGGUUCCCCUGUCUCCGACACCCCAGUUCCCGGAUUCGCCACGCUGGGUAGGAGGCUGAUGUUGAGUGGGCCUGACCCUCGACACCCGAACCACAACCAGCAGCACGGACCCACGCAUCAUCACUACCCGGUCAUGGAACACGGUGCCGCUCUGGAUACCAACAAGAGGCACUGCUACUCGGCUCAAUCCCCACAGCACCCUUCCUCCUACUUCAACUACUCCACCAUCUCCAUCCCCCUUCCUCACCCCCAACCACCUUUGCCAGAGAAGCGCCAUCCAACCGCCCAGGCAGGUUCACCUUCUGAUGGGGCAGGGACUCUGAGACCAGCCGUUGGCCACAUGCCUCCCUCCGCUGCCAGCACCACCCAGCAUCAGCACCAUGUCACCUUCUCUCCCACCGUGGGAGAAAUAGCUCCCCCUUCAGGCGACAAUGAAGCAGUGGCCUCCGUGGAGCCUGAGAAUGCAAAUAGGGUUAGUGUGAAGUUUGUCCAGGACAGUUCGAGGUUCUGGUACAAGCCUGGUAUCUCCAGAGAGCAAGCAAUCGCAGCUCUGAAGGAGAGAGAGCCAGGAGCCUUCUUGAUCAGGGACAGUAACUCAUUCCAGGGGGCCUAUGGUUUGGCCCUGAAGGUGGCUACACCUCCUGCCAAUGUCAACCAAAGCAGCAAGGUGAGCGACCCGCUGGAGCAGCUGGUCAGACACUUCCUCAUAGAGACAGGCCCUCGAGGAGUCAAGAUUAAAGGAUGUCAGAAUGAGCCCUACUUUGGGAGUCUGUCUGCGCUGGUCUGCCAACACUCCAUCACACCCAUCUCUUUGCCAUGUGCCCUGAAGAUCUCAGAGAAAGAUCUGAUAGGAGAGGUGCAGGAGGUUCAGCCAGUGAGUAACGUCAGCACGGCUGCUGACCUGCUGAAACAAGGAGCAGCCUGUAACGUCCUCUACCUGAACUCAGUGGAAACUGAGUCUCUGACCGGCCCCCAGGCCAUCGCCAAGGCAACGGAUGCUACACUGAGUCGUAACCCGCGUCCUGCUGCCACUGUUGUACAGUUCAAGGUGACGUCGCAGGGCAUCACGCUCACUGACAGCCAGCGCAGGGUUUUCUUCAGGAGACAUUACCCAGUGAACAGCGUCACCUUCAGCAGCGUCGACCCUAAAGACAGGAGGUGGACUAACUCAGACAACACCACUGUUAAGGUGUUUGGUUUCGUGGCGAAGAAGCCCGGCUGCGUGGCCGAGAACGUCUGUCACGUGUUUGCCGAGCUGGAUCCUGAACAACCCGCCUUGGCCAUCGUCAACUUUAUCACCAAGGUCAUGCUGUCGCAGCGGCGGUAGACAAAGACAGGAAAGGAGACGCGGAGCAGACAAGCAGGGACAGUGUUAACAGGGGGGUUUUACUGGACAGUGUCAGUGCUUGUGUUCUCUCAGUUUCAGGCCGUGACGCUAAUCUUUGUCCAUCAGGUGAUGACGUGACAAAGAUUUUCUUAUUGUUCCUUGUAAAUAUGUUCAGGAGGCAAUCGGAAAUCUUAGUCCAUGAUCCCAGCUGAUGGUUUUUCAUCUGUUGCUUCGCCACUUUGUCUGUGACCUAACAGCCCACACAGCUCACAUGGGUUCAUUCUCUGGAGUUAUUACUGGGGAGAAAGUCCGGAGCCUCUGACUCAGACAUUUGCGUUUUCACAUACAGCCCCUCAAGAGAUAGUCAGGAGAUUAUCCAGAGUACAGUGCAUGUCUGAAAGCAGCUAUUGUAAAGUAUUAUUGGAUGUGAACCCCCCCACAAUGAAACAGUGUUCUAUCAAAGCCAUAGUGUAUAGUGUUACAACUCCUCCAAAGAUGAGGGAAUAUCAGUAAUAGUAAAAACCAUCUGCAUCCGACAGGGACCUGUAUCAUGACGACAGAUCAGAUGAUGUUUGGUGAUUCCUGGUUUUGUGACACUGGCUCACUUUUACUAGGGGGAGCAGGAUUAAUGCUCCACAUACGUUGCGAAUAAGUAAGAAACAAAAAUGCUCCUCCAGAACUUAUCAUCUGAGGAGCAAGUGUUCUUCAGCAUUAAAAUAAACACCAACAGACUAACUAACACAACAUUUGUGGUCAGACAUGUUAGCUAUCUUUAAAAACUCCUUGUAGCUCUUUCUUCAACAGAUUUAUAUUGGACCACAAUUUUACUGUAGGAAACUAAAAGAUAAUCAAUCUAUUUUCCAUAGUCAUUGUCGAAGUAGUCACAUUUAAACAGGCCUGUAUGUCAGCUUCUUAUACAGUUUAUGAAUAUAUUUGAUCGUCUAGUGGCUGAUUGUGUGCCACUAACUUAUUUAGAGAACGCUGCCUCUUUCACAUUAAUAUGCUCAAAGCUGAUUAAUUAGCGUGAGAGUUAACUGAACCAGUAUCACUGAAACCAAGUAAGAUAAGAUAAGAGGUUUGUUUAUUGAUUAAAGCUGCACAAGGAAAUAGCAGCGUAGGGGGGAAAUAUGGAGUGGAAAAUAAAAACAAGAAUAGAAACAGAAAGUGGAAUAAAUUAGAUAAGAAUUGAAAUAGUACUGCGUGGUUGUGCAAUUUACAAUAUGUGCAGCACUCUUUCUUGGAUCAGUAAAAGAAUAACUGACUGAGACUUGCUUCAUGAUACAGGCUCCUGGUAAAUGUUGGUUAAAUUCAGCUUUUGAUAGAAUGCAUUCAAGCAGCCUUAAUGACACAUAGCAGCGUCUGUGUGUGUGUGUGUGUGUGUCUGUGUGUGUGUGUUACGACUGAGGUGUGUUGAGGGCAACAGAGAGGUUCAACACUUGGACGUGAUAAUUGCCUUUCAGAAAAACAGCAGGUGUUUAUAUUUUGUAUUGUUUAAAUAAAAGUGACCAAAGGCCUGAGGGUGUAGUUUAGUUUCUAUAUCAUGAGAUGUUCAUACAUAUGUACAGCACAUUCUACAGCCACUCUUGCCUUCAACCACACCCCCGCCCCACACUUAAUCGAUCAUUGCAUAAUCGACAAUCAUGUUUGGGUUUUUUUCCCUCUCACAUAUAUACUCUAUAAUCGGAGCGAGCGAGAGACCAAUGGUAACUCUCUAUUGAAAGCAAACAGGAACGUGAGCUCUAAACGAGGUUGUGUGCGAGGGAGUGACGAGUGACGAGAGCCUUCAGGUGAAUACGUCGGGUUUCAAGGUUUUGUUACGUCCACUUUUAAAGAAACGUAUGUGUAACGGGGAACAAGCUUGACGAGAAAGGACGCACAGUGUUGAAGCACGCCGACGCCAUGACACGCUCUGUGUUCAUUCACUGCUUCACAUCAAUAACGUUAAUCUGUUUUUGAAUCUCACAAAAUGAUUCACACAGUGUGUUAGACAGAGAGUGGCCUAAAGACAAAGUGUACUUAACCAAAGACAAAGCACUCUUGUAUUAAUAAGCGUUUUAUCCAGCUAUAUUUUUGUACUUAUUGCUUCAUGUAUUUUUACUAUGCGUUUAUUUAGUGUGUUGCCUCGUUUGGUAGAAAAACACUACUUGUAUUACAGCGUUAAUAUAUUGUGGUCUGUUUUCUUGUUGAUCUCUAUAUUAUGUAGUAAUAUAUUUUCACAUGCAGCUAUAGGACAGUGUAUGAGACAUACAAAGGAAAACGUUUGGUUUGAAAAGUAUAAUUAUGCUAUUUUGUAUGCAAAAACAAUGAAGAAUAGAAAUAAACUGAAAUUAUGUGGUACAUGAA